AUGAAUGGGCCUCUGGGUCCAACAACCUCUUCUAUGUCCAAAGUGGCUGGCUUGUCUUCCAAGAAGAGCCGGUGGCUCUUGCAAUCCUUGCGGGACCAGCAGCAGCACUCCCUGGGUACUGGGUUUGAGAGUGCCAAUAUCCUCCUCUCGCCCAAGUACCACCUCAAAGACAGGGAUCUGAGAAAGAUCCACAAGGCUGCAUGUGUCGGGGAUGCAGCCAUAGUGCAGCAGCUCCUGCUUGGAAAAUGCGGUGUGAACGACAAAGACAAGAAGAAGAGGACUGCCCUCCAUAUCGCCUGUGCUUAUGGCCACCCAAAGGUGGUGAUGGCCCUGAUAGAGGGAAAUUGUGAGAUCAACGCCACAGACAGUGAGGAGUGCACAAGUCUGGUGAAGGCUGUACAAUGUCAGGAAGAGGAAUGUGCUACCAUUCUGCUGGAGAACGGUGCUGACCCAAACAUUGUGGAUGCCCAGGGCAACAGCGCUCUCCACUAUGCUGUCUAUCAUAAGAAUACAUCACUGGCUGCAAAACUGCUUGACCAUGAAGUGAAUAUCGAAUCGACAAAUAAGGGUGGCUUCACACCAUUUUUACUGGCUGUCAGUGAAAACAAACUGAAGAUAGCAAAAUUCUUAUUAAUGAAGAAUGCUAAUAUACAUGCGGUUGAUAACCAGAAAAGAACAGCCCUCAUGCAUGCUGUAAGUCAUGACUCAACAAACCUCGUCAGAUUUGUUCUUCAGCAAGGUGUAGACCUCUUUUUGAAAGAUGCCUUUGGAUUGACUGCAAUCGAUUAUGCUGCUAAUUUUAAACAUAAUAUGGCUGCCAUGAAAGCUGGCAUUGAAGUCCAGGAAGACAAGCGGCUGCCAGCUGUUCCUGCUGAUCCAGUCUUGGGUCUUCUGACAGUGAAGGUGCAACAGCGCCAAGGUCUAGAGAAGACAAGCAAGGUUGAAGAAGAAAGGAAUCAGGAAAGGAGUGAAUGGGGUGCAUCGGAGAACCUGAGUGCUGCAGCUCUUGGCCACGGUGACAUCAGAUCACCUCUACUGAGGAAGAACGGAAAGCCUGGAGCCCAGCAGUCUCCCAGUGUAGACAGCAAAGAGCAGGAUGGUGGUUCUGCCUUGAAUAUAAAAGAAGAAAAGAAAAGAGGACAUGGAGAAUGGUCUGGAGACUUAGUGAACGAACUGACAUCUGAAGAGUCUGAGUCGGUGGCUGGUGGUCUCCUGGCAGCGAAGGAUUCUUGGAGUUUAAAUGACAUGAAUCUGAAUAAAGGAAGGCCUGCAAAGAGAAAAUCAAAGGAAAAGCACAAGCCUGAAGAGUGCUGUCUUACAGCAAAGACGCUAGAGCAUAGGGCUGAAGGCUUGAUACAGCAACAGCUCAGCCUCUCCAUGAGCUCAACUCUCGUGAAUUGA